AUGUCAAACAAAAAGAGAACCAUUUUAAAAGUUAUCAUUCUUGGGGAUAGUGGUGUUGGAAAAACAUCAUUAAUGAAUCAAUACGUAAAUAAAAAGUUUACGAAUCAAUACAAAGCUACAAUUGGAGCAGAUUUUUUAACAAAGGAAACAGUAGUUGAUAAUGAGCAAUUAACUAUGCAGAUAUGGGAUACAGCAGGACAGGAGCGCUUUCAAAGUUUAGGCGUAGCCUUUUAUAGGGGAGCAGAUUGCUGUGUCUUAGUUUUUGAUUUAACAAAUUACAAAACUUAUGAAUCUUUAGAAUCUUGGAAAGAUGAAUUUCUAAUACAAGCAAGUCCAAAGGAUCCUGAAAAUUUCCCCUUUGUUAUAAUUGGAAAUAAAGUUGAUGAAACGAAUAAAAGAAAAGUUCAAUCUGUAAAAGUUUUGCAGUGGUGUAAAGCAAAUAAUAAUAUACCAUACUUUGAGACAAGUGCCAAAAAUGCAAUUAAUGUUGAUCAAGCAUUUGAUGAAAUAGCAAGAAAGGCUAUGAAACAAGAACUUCAAGAAGAGCAAAUAUAUUUACCCGAAACCUUUACUCUAAAUAGCCAAAAUGAUCAAAAAAUAUACAAAAGCCGAUGUUGUUAA